AUGACUGAUCCCCGCUCAGGAACUAUCGAGCUGGACGGCAGCUUUUUGGAAACAUUGACCUUCGAGGGCCGGGAGUUCCAGAAACAUGCAGUCGAAAAUGAAAUUUACUAUGGCCCUAUCGAUGAUGAAGAGAUCGAUCGAUUAGACCUCCAACAUCGAGUGCUGAGCGGUGUCUUCGAUCACCGCCUUAUAUUCCCUCCGCUGGAGAGCCUUGACAAGGUCCUCGACUGCGGAUAUGGAUCUGGGGCGUGGGCGGUGGAAGUUGCAGAGCAAUACGAAACUUGCGACGUAAUAGGAGUGGAUGUUUCGCCGCAUAUGAGGCCGGAUGAUACCCCCGAUAACCUAUGGCUGCAGGUCGAUGAUCUAAACCGGCAUUUUACCUUUGGGUAUAACCAGUUUGACCUUGUUCACUCCAGGCUAGUUGCAUCGGGGAUAAACCAGGACAGAUGGCCUAGAUACCUGCGAGAUAUUGUCAGAUCUCUUAAGCGUGGAGGGUGGGCUCAGAUGGUUGAAAUAUACUUCAACAUCCAAUCUGAUAAUGGAGCCUUGACAGAAAACCAUGCGCUCAGAAAAUGGAGCAGUAGCUAUAUCAAGGCGUUGGAGGGCGUGAAAGAUGUGCGAGUCGGUAUGAAAUUAACGAGCUUGAUGACAUCGGCGGGGUUGGUUGAUAUCGAAUCGAAGAUGAUCCCGCUCCCUUUAUCAGGAUGGUCGAAUGGUGAGUACUACCCCCUUCUGGGUGCUGGCCACCGCUCACGGUCAUUAGACCCAAGAAUGAGAGUUAUUGGAGCGAUGAAUAGAGACAAUACGCAACAAUGGCUCAGCUCGUUGGCAUUAUAUCCGUUCAUGCAAAAGCUGCAUAUGUCUCGCGAUGAGCUGAACAACAUCAUCACGCGUGCGCGAGAGGAGGCAGAUGACCCAUCCUUAAGACCAUAUGUUCCACUGUAG